AUGUCCUCCACAACACACUCCCCAAUCCCCCCAACAAUGAAAUCCUGGCUCUACUCCAGCACACAACCCUCAGUAAUCAGCAACCUCUCAUUCACUGCCUCAGCCCCUUCCCCUCCCCUCCCCAGCUAUGCAAACCAGCUCCUCAUCAAAGUCUUCACCACAUCCCUCAACCCCGCCGACCACAAAGUCCCCCAACAUGCUACGAUUCCCUUCACGGGUGGCAGAACACUGAUCUGCGGUCUCCCCGCUUCACCGGGUCUCGACUUCGCAGGAAAGAUCGUGUCAGUACAUCCGAAAAAUAGGACGGAGUUUGAACCCGGGCAAUUGGUAUACGGAUGUCUUGCGAGACCUCGCACAUUCGGUACAACGGGGGAGUAUAUCCUUGCGGAUGCGAACGAUGUUGCGCAUUUACCGGAAGGCGUCAGUGUGGAUGAUGCGGCAUGUUUGGGUGUUGCCGUGAGGACCGCGUACCAGAGUUUGAAGAACUAUCUUGAUUUGAGCAAAUUCGAGGGCGGGAGCGGACCGAGAGUCUUCAUAAACGGCGGUAGCGGUGGAUGUGGUGUGUUCGCGAUUCAAAUUGCGAAGAUGCUAGGCUGUCAAGUUACGACGACCUGCUCGGGUCGAAAUAUUGAGCUAGUCAGAGAUCUCGGUGCGGACGAGAUCAUCGACUAUACAACCACCAAUGUCACCGAAACCCUAAAGACCAAGGGCUUAGUCUACGACCAUGUCAUCGACCAUAUCGGCCUCCCUGGGAAUCUGUAUGCUGAAUGCCACCAUUUCCUCAAGCCAUCGGGGGUCUGGGUGCAGGUUGGUGCGGGGAGUAUCCUCACUGCAUUUUGGAGGGCGAUCACGCCGCGGUUUCUCGGAGGCGGACGGAGGUGGUUUGUUCCGCUCAUGAUGGCGAAUAGCAAGGAGGAUCUGGUGGAGGUCGGAAAUCUGCUUAAAGAGGGAAAGCUUCGAACUGUUAAGGAUGGGAAUCGGGUUUGGGAAUUUGGGGAUGUUAAGAAGGCGUAUGAGUUGCUGGCGAGCGGGAGGGCAAGGGGGAAGAUUGUUAUCAGAGUUGCGGAGGACUAG